GACAUUUGACAAGGUUAAAACAAAUUCUGUGGUUUAUUCGAUUGUUACAAAUUGUUUAAUUUAGCCCAGAAAAGUUUAAUAUGGCACUCAAUAAAUUAAGUAUUGAUGCUCUUAAUUUAUCAGGAAAGCGUGUCUUGAUGAGAGUUGAUUUCAAUGUUCCUCUCAAAGAAGGGAAGAUAACAAAUAACCAGCGCAUAGUCGCGGCGCUAGACACCAUAAAGUAUGCCUUGGAUAAAGGGGCAAAGUCGGUGGUGCUUAUGUCCCACCUUGGAAGGCCGGAUGGGCAGGCGAACCUAAAGUACACCAUGAAACCCGUCGCCGAGGAGCUAAAGAAGUUAUUAAACAAAGAUGUUACAUUCCUCUCUGACUGUGUUGGAGCUGAAGUAGAACAGGCCUGUGCCGAUCCACCAGCGGGCUCAAUUAUACUGCUGGAGAACCUCAGAUUCCAUGUUGAGGAAGAAGGCAAGGGUGUUGAUGAGAAGGGAGCCAAGGUUAAGGCGGACCCAGAGAAAGUAAAAGCCUUCCGGGCAAGCUUGAGGAAGUUGGGUGAUUUGUAUGUCAAUGAUGCUUUUGGCACAGCACACAGAGCACACAGUUCCAUGAUGGGUGAAGGGUUUGAACAAAGAGCCAGUGGCUUCUUGCUUAAAAAAGAAUUACAGUACUUUGCCAAAGCCCUUCACGAGCCAGAGAGGCCUUUCCUGGCUAUUCUUGGUGGUGCUAAGGUGGCAGACAAAAUUCAAUUGAUUGAAAAUCUAUUAGAUAAAGUUAAUGAAAUGAUCAUUGGUGGAGGCAUGGCUUACACCUUCCUUAAAGAGAGCAAAGGCAUGGCGAUCGGAAAUUCGCUGUACGAUGCUGAGGGCGCCAAGAUAGUCGGUAAAUUAUUAGAAAAGGCCGCAAAGAAUAAUGUUAAAAUUCACCUGCCAGUAGACUUUGUUCUGGGCGACAAAUUCGAUGAAAAUGCACAGGUUAGUACCGCUGAGGUGGACAGUGGUAUCCCAGACGGCUGGAUGGGACUGGACGUCGGUCCCAAAUCCCAGGCACUCUUCGCCGAGCCCAUCACGAGAGCUAAGGUCAUCGUGUGGAAUGGACCGGCGGGUGUGUUCGAGUUUGAGAAGUUCUCUAGCGGCACCCGCGCCCUCAUGGACGCCGUUGUCGCCGCCACCGCCAAGGGUACCAUCACCAUCAUCGGCGGCGGUGACACGGCGACGUGCUGCGCGAAGUGGUGCACGGAGGACAAGGUGUCGCACGUCUCCACCGGCGGCGGCGCCUCGCUCGAGCUGCUCGAAGGAAAAGUGUUGCCUGGUGUCGCUGCGUUGUCCGACGCUUAAAAAUAUUUAUUUAAAAAAAAUAUUAAAUUAUACACCUGUAGUAAACAUAAUAUUAUGAAAUGAGAUUUCAAGUCGAAUAAAAAAUAAUAUAAUAUAAAAUGCAUGAGAAAUAUCUUAGAGAUAUUUGUAUGUAGACGUUGAACGAGUGUUAUAAUAUUCGAUGUUUUUAAUAAACGAAAUAAAUAU